UUUCCCCAAAUGUUUAUAAGAUGUAGUUGUUAGGAAGUUUUGUCUCUUAUUAUCUUUAAGGACAGUAGCAUUAGAGUGUCAGGAAGAAAAUAAGUUUUUUUCCAGAUUUUCAACAUGCUUUCUGACACUUGUGACUCCAUGCUAGAAGCAAUAAUCAAACAAUCCCAGUAUGACUUUAUCAAAAUAAAUUCACAGCAAUUAAAAAACUUUAAAAUGUAUAGAUGGUUGCAGUAAAGAAUGAAAUGUCCUCUUAACUUGUUAAUUUGACAAGAUAAAAGUAACGGUGUCCUCCUAAUAAGGACAUAAACGCCUGCACUUCCUCUAAAGCCUUGAUCAUGAGUGACAGGUGUCACACCUCCAGACAUGAAAGAUCUGACAGCUGCAUCCUGAUGAUUCUUCAGCUCAUAUACAUGUUAAAUAUCACUUCACAUCAUUUAAAACCAUUUUCUUCAUUUGAAGCCACUCUCAUAACAACCCUGUUUAUAACAUCACUUUUAUUAUUUUUUAUGUUAAACUCCUUGUGUUUGUUUAGGAAUGUUAAAAUGUUAGGUUUGGGUUUUUCUGUGUUGGGCCUGCUCAUAUAACAGGUGUUCACACUUUUUUGAUUUUUGGAGACCUGUAUGUAUGUUGACCAUUUCAUAUCCAGUCAUUAUUACCAUGCACAAUAUCAGAAAUCCACUUGGUAAGAUCACAGAUAAUAAAACAUUGUUCAGUUUAUUUAAAAGCUCUCUUUUCUUUCACUUAUAGUUGUUUAUUGCAUUGCAUUGUAAGCUAUUAUACAUUGGUCGUGUUUGAAUGUGUGAUUUGGUCUUUUUGGUGUACUUUUGCGCGUCUGAUCACAUCAGUCUGUUAAUUGUUGUCGUGUCGACUUAAAGAGUCAUUUCCCACAAAAGGGAAUCUAAUUAUUUUCUUUUCUCUUACACAUUAACCGCCAACAUCGCCUUAUUCACACCCGGGUGACAAACGCGCGCUCAUCCUCCGCGUUUUGCCACUUUCGUCUCUUUGAACUUUGCGCUCGUAAAGAUCUGGGGUAUAAAAGCAGUUUUACCCCACACUGGGGCAUUUUCUCCGAGACAAGACCACAGAGAGGAUAUGGCACAGGUCGAUGACAUCGAUGUUGCUACGGCAAAUAUUCUGACGCAUUGGGGCUGGAACAGAGAGGAGAGGACGUUUGGAGACAGCGCGUCCUCCUCACCGGAAUCCUCCUUUGAAUCAAUGUGCUCAUCACCGGAGAUGCGCUCCAGUCCCGGAGGAUGCCCGGCAUACCAGCUGUCCGGACGCAAACACAACCGUUUCUCUGAGCAACAGAAGCCCAAAGUCAAGAUGAGCAUCAAGAGGAGAGUGAAGGCGAGCGAGCGAGAGAAGAUGCGCAUGCGCAGUCUGGCGGAGGCUCUGCAUCAGCUGCGGGAUUACCUGCCUCCGGUGUACAGCAGGAGAGGUCAACCGCUCACCAAGAUCCAAACCCUCAAAUACACCAUCCAGUAUAUCAAAGAACUCUCCAGCAUCCUCGAGCAACAAUGAGGACAUUCACAUGUGUUUGAAGUCUUUCAUGGUCACGGGAAGAUCUGUGUUUCAGUUCUUCAUCAUCUUUUACGGACACAAUUCUCUUGGAGCAGAAAGGAUCGUGAUUUUUUGACUGCUGUUGUACAGAUUUUCUAUUUUUCCCCACCACUUGUGUUUUUCUGAUGUAAAUAUUUCUUGGCACAAGAGUGGUGUGUCUAAUCUUAUACAUUUUUUGAAGUAAUUUUUUUAUGAUGAAAUAAUUGAAUAAAUGUAAUG